CAUCUGUGCACAAUGAGUCCUUAUUUCCUCCGCUGGAUGAGAAUAUGUAUAUUGUCGCUUCUGGCCACUCAUCAGGCCCAUGCCCGUGUUCUGUCAAAGGACUGCGUUGUGGUAUAUCAGAGUAUGCUUAACGACCCAAUAGUGGACGACCGAGUUGAAUCCGCUAAAUGCAAGCCGUAUGAAUCAUACGGCUGUGUCGGUGACGGUCCGCAUUGCGGAGAAAACAAAUGCGGGGAGGGUCCAGAUCCGGCAGGUUUGGUGUGCAAUUUCACCUGCGUAAAAGGGUGCUGGUGUCAUGGAAACUUGUACCGCCGCGCAGGAGAUGGCUUAUGUGUCACCAUCAGCGAAUGUUGAAUGCUAGCCUAAGAUGAGACAGAUAUUUUAUUCCGUGUAAUAGGCAAUACUGAUGAAUUGCGGGCUUCACCAAACACUGUAUGAACGUGCUAACACUAGGCAGACCUGAAGCAUUGCAGCAAUAAAGACGU